CCGAAAUCAAUGAAGGGAGCACAAGAGGAAGUAAGAAGGGCCAUCGGUAAGAAAGAAAGGGUGGAAGAAAGCGAUCUUCAUCAAUACCACUACUUAAAGUUGGUGAUAAAGGAAGCAUUGAGAUUGCACCAUCCAACUCCUUUAUUGGUUCCACGUGAAACGAUAGAGAAGUGUACCAUUGGAGGGUACCAAAUCCUUUUGAAAACAAGGGUGUUUGUGAAUGCAAGAGCUAUUGCGAUGGAUCCCAAGUACUGGGACAAUCCAGAAGAGUUCUGGCCUGAUAGGUUCUUGAACAACCCCAUUGAUUUCAGAGGACAAGAUUUGGAGUUUUUGCCAUUUAGGUUUGGCCGGAGAGGAUGCCCUGGACUUAAUUUCUCGAUGGUAGUGAUUGAGCUUACACUUGCAAAUCUUCUGCACUGUUUUGAUUGGCAGUUGCCUCAUGGGAUGAAAAGGGAAGACGUGGAUAUGGAGGAAGCUGUAGGGAUUACAAUGCAUAAGAAAACCCAUCUGUGUUUGGUAGCCAUUGCAAAGGCCUAUAAUGCAUAA